AUGGCUGAUUCCGCCACCAAACCUGAACUUUAUAUCCUCAGUGACUUUCACCCCGAGGCCGUGAAAUACGCCCAAAACUCUUUUGAUUGCAUCCCCUAUGGCGAUCCACGUACAGAGAAUUGGCAUUCUCACGCCACAGCAAUCCUUAUUAAGGAUUACUACAUCACAGAGGACGACCUCGCCUCGGCACCGCAACUAAGAGUCAUUGGCAAACAGGGCGUCGGCUUAGAUAAGAUUGACGUCGAGGCUUGCAAAAGACGCAAUGUCAAGGCACUUCAAACCCUCCCCGAGCUUCUCGAGGUCACAGACGUGGUGACACUACAUGUCCCUCUGACCCACAGUACGAAGAACAUGAUUGCAGCACCACAGUUGAAGCAGAUGAAGAAAACAGCCAUAUUGAUCAACACAGCACGUGGUGGGAUCGUCAAUGAGGAAGAUCUGGCAGAUGCAUUGGAGAAGGGCGAGAUUUGGGGUGCUAGCUUUGACUGCCAUUGCCAGGAGCCGCCGACGUUGGCAAAGUAUGAGCGGCUUUGGAAGUGUCCGCGUUUCGUUGGGACGCCGCAUAUUGCUGCUGCGACGGAUGAGACACCAAUUCCUACGAUCAGUGUGGCUAUAGAUGGUAUUUUUGACGUGGAUUUGACUAGAGCCAACAAGAAGAUUGUGGCUGAGGCCGAGGCCAAUGGUACUGAGGUCAGACUGCUCUCACACUAA